CUUGCCACCUGCCCUGCCCUCCAUGCUUGCUGGGGUUCCUUUACCACCGCCUGGGAAGACCUUCUGGACAGGAGCAUUUCCAAGACCAGGGGCCACCAGUAUAUCAGGACUGUGUCCCAUCUCAUGUGCUCCGUGUGUCUGUAAAGCCUCAUUCCGUGCCAGCCUGAGGAAUACCACCUCAUCUCAUUGCCUGUACCGCAGUUCUGCAUCACCAUGGCCAUAUCAUCACGCCUCGCCUUGUGGGAACAGAAGGAAAGUAAUAUCCGGGAGGAGGACAAGAGCCCUCCCCCGUCCUCGCCCCCUCCUCUGUUCUCUGUCAUCCCGGGGGGUUUCAUCAAGCAAUUAGUUCGAGAGACAGAGAAAGAGUCCAAAGAAGCCAGACGGAGGAAAGAGGCAGCGCUGGCCUCCCCAGAGCGAGAGACCCCAGAAAUUUCCACCAGUCAACUCGACAAGCCCAACAGUGGCCCCAAGCCUGGAAGCCAGCGGACCUCCCAGGACAGCCUCCCCACCUCCCCACAGAGUGCUGACAUUCUGGGCAAGGAGCCCCUGGGAACUGGUGACAAGGACCCUUUGCCAAUGACGAGCACCAGUGGGGAAAGGCUGCAUGAGCCGGGUCCCACAGGGACACCAGCCAAAAGGAUGCCGCCCUUCAAGAGGGGUGUGAGGAGAGGCGACGUGCUGCUCAUGGUGGCCAAGCUGGAUCCAGAGUCGGCCAAGCCAGAGCAGAAGGCCCAAUCCCAUGACACCUCCACGGGCAAGACCCCAGCUCCAGCCACAGAUCCUGGAGGCUCAAAGAAAGGGGGCGGUGAGGGGACUGCCUGUGGCCCCCAGGCCAACACUGAGGAUUUGGCCUCUGCACCUGGGAAGAUUGGGACUAGGGGUAUUGGAGACUCAAGUCAGGCCACAAAAGGUGGGAAACUUCAGGGCACAGAGGGGAAGGGGAGCCAGGGUCCCCAGACCAAAGGACAGCAAGGGACUGAGCCCCAGAGCACAAAGGAGUUGGCAACCAGGUCCCAAGCCCAGAGGGCAGGAGAAGAGGGGCAACUGGGGACAGCAGAGAAAGAGGGAAGGGGUCCCCCAAACAAGAAAGAAAAGGGGGAUCGGUCCAAAGCUGCAGGGGCUGAAACAAGACGCACUGAGCCCCCAGUCCCUGUAAGAAAGUGGGGAGGUUCCCUGGGCAGAAGGAGCACGGGGGAGGGUCCCCAGGGCAGGAGCGAAGAAAGCGAGUUGUCACGUAGGGUGGAAAAGUUGGGAGACGUGCAGGCCACGGUGGAGGACAGGAACCUUGGGCAGCCAGCAGUGCUCAGGGUGCAGGGGCAGGAGGUUCUGGGGAAGGUGGAGCAGGCAGGGGUACCCCAGUCUGCUGGGGAGGUAAGGGGAGCUCAGAGGAAGCCACCAACACUGGGGAAGUCUCAGGAACAGCCUGGGGUGGCAGGAGAGGCUCAGAGUUCCGAGAAGGGAGGCAAGGUUCCAGAGGAGGUGGCUAGAGAUGCUGUGGAGAGGGAGGACCGGCUAAAAAGCAGGGUCCAGGGAGCCCUGGAGCCCUGUGUGCAUAGAGAGGAAGGAAUGGAUACCCCAGAGCCACAGCAAGAGGAUCAUGUAGGGCCUGCUCCUGAGGCCCAAGAGGAAAGGCCUCCCACACAGAGGCCCAGCGAGGAGGCGAUUCUGCAAGAGAUGGGCAGAGAGGGACAGACAGACUCUGACCAGGCUCCCGAGGACAGGUGGUACGAGGCGGAGAAGGUCUGGCUGGUGAGGAAGGACGGCUUUGAUCUUGCAACGGUGCUCAAACCAGAUGAGGGGACAGCUGACCUGCCAGCAGGAAGGGUGCGGCUCUGCAUUGAUGCUGACAGAACUGUCACAGAGGUGGACGAGGAACACAUUCAUUGUGCCAACGCCCCUGAGCUGGACCUGGCAGAGAACCUGGCUGCUCUGGUCAGUGUCAACGAGUCCAGCGUCCUGAACACACUUCUGCAGCGUUACCGGGCUCAGCUGCCGCACACCUGCUCUGGGCCGGAUCUGAUUGUCCUGCAGUCCCCAGCACCCUCAGCGCCCUCUGCAGGGAAGGUACCCUGGGGCUGCCAGGACGGUCUGCCUGCACACGUCUUGGGCCUGGCUCAGCGGACCUACUGGGCACUGCUGAGCCAGCGGAGAGACCAGAGCAUCGUGGCAUUGGGCCGAAGUGGUGCUGGGAAGACCACCUGCUGCCAGCAGGUCCUGGAGCACCUAGUAGGCAUGGCAGGCAGUGUGGAUGGCAGUGUGUCAGUGGAGAAGCUCCAGGCCACCUUCACCAUCCUCCGGGCUUUCGGCUCUGUGUCCACCGGCCACAGUCGCAGUGCCACCCGCUUUGCCAUGGUGAUGUCCCUAGACUUCAACGCCACAGGUCGCGUCACAGCUGCUCAGCUCCAGACAGUGCUUUUGGAGAACAGCCACGUGGCCCGGCAGCCGGAAGGAGAAGGGAACUUUGAAAUUUUUUCCCAGAUGCUGGCUGGGCUGGACUUGGAUCUCAGGACGGAGCUGAAUCUGCACCAGACAGUGGAGAGCAGUGCCUUUGGCAUGGGCGUGUGGUCCAAACCUGAAGACAAGCAGAGGGCAGCAGCCGCCUUUGCCCAGCUCCGGAGUGCCAUGGAGACACUGGGCAUCUCAGAGGUCGAGCAGCAGGCCAUUUGGAGGGUUCUGGCGGCCAUCUAUCACCUGGGUGUGGCGGGGGCCUGCAAAGUGGGCCGGAAGCAGUUCAUGCGGUUUGAGUGGGCCAACCGUGCAGCCGAGGUCCUGGGCUGUGACUACGAGGAGCUGAAUACGGCCACCUUCAAGCACCACCUGCGGCAGAUCAUCCAGCAGAUGACGGCGGGGCCCAAGCGGCGGGGCCUGAAGGAUGAGGACACGGGCUCAGGGCUCAAGAUGACAGGCGUGGAGUGUGUGGAAGGGAUGGCCUCUGGCCUGUACCAAGAACUUUUUGCUGCCCUGGUCUCACUCAUCAACAGAUCUUUCUCCUCCCAUCAUCUGUCUAUGGCCUCCAUCAUGGUGGUUGACUCUCCAGGCUUUCAAAAUCCCCGGCAUCAGGGCAAGGACCGGGCAGCCACCUUUGAGGAGCUGUGCCGCAAUUAUGCUCAUGAGCGCUUACAGCUGCUCUUCUACCACAGGACCUUUGUCUCGACUCUGGAGCGAUACAAAGAGGAAGGGGUUCCGGUACACUUUGACCUCCCAGAGUCCUCCCCAGCAACUACAGUGGCUGUCGUGGAUCAGAACCCCUCACAGGUCCCCCUGCCAGCUAGAGGAGAAGGAUCCGAGGGUGCUGGGGGCCUUUUCUGGGUCCUGGAUGAGGAAGUCCGGGUGGAGGGCUCCAGUGACAGUGUGGUGCUCGAGCGGCUGCGUGCAACCUUUGAAAUGAAGACAGCUAGGGCCAAAGGGACCUCGGCCCUGCGGACCUGCGAGCAGCCUCUUCAGUGUGAGGUUCCUCACCAGCUGGGGCAGGACCCUGUGCGUUAUGACCUCAUGGGCUGGCUUCACAGAGCCAAGCCCAACCUCUCAGCCCUGGAUGCCCCCCAGGUCCUGCAGCAGUCCAAAAGGGAGGAGCUGCAGAAGCUCUUCCAGACCCGGGCCAAGCUUCCCCCUGUGUGCCGUGCAGUGGCAGGACUGGAGGGCACCUCUCAACAGGCCCUGCACCGGAGCCGUGUGGUGAGGAGGGCCUUCGCCAGCAGCCUCGCCUCGGUGAAGAGGAAAGCCCCCUGCAUCCAAAUCAAGCUGCAGAUGGAUGCGCUCAUCAGUCUGGUGAGACGAUCUCGGCUGCACUUCAUCCACUGUCUGAUACCAACCUCGGUGAUUGGGAGUAAGGGUGGGCAGGGGACCCCAUCGCCACCACAGCCUUGUGGAGACCAAGGUGGAGCAGAUGAAUCUCCAGCUCUGGACAUCCCAGCGCUGAGGGUCCAGCUUGCAGGCUCUCAUAUCCUGGAGGCACUGCGACUACACAGGACAGGUUAUGCUGAGCACAUGGGGCUAGCUCAGUUCCGCAGGCGCUUCCAGGUGCUGGACCCUCCACUGCUGAAGAAACUCAAGUCCACCUCCGAGGGAAUCGAUGAGAGGAAGGCGGUGGAGGAACUGCUGCAGACCCUGGACCUGGAGAAGAAGGCGGUGACCGUGGGGCACAGCCAAGUCUUCCUCAAGGCUGGUGUGGUUUCCAGACUGGAAAGGCAGCGGGAGAAGCUGGUGUCCAGGAGCAUAGUUCUCUUCCAAGCGACUUGCAGGGGGUUUCUGUCCCGUCAGGAAUUUAAGAUGCUGAAGAUCCGUCAGCUGGCUAUGCAGUGCAUCCACAGGAACCUGGCUGUGUUCCUGGAGGUCAAGGACUGGCCAUGGUGGCAGCUCAUCACGUCCCUCCGGCCCCUCUUGAGUUCCACAAUUGAGACAGAGCAGCUCCGAGCCAAGGAGGGGGAGCUGACAAUGCUGAGACAGAAGCUGAAAAAGUCAGAGAAGUCCAGGAUGGAGCUCCGGCAGAGCACAGACCUGUUAGAGAGCAAGAUCACUGACUUGACCUCAGAGCUUGCUGAUGAACGCUUCAAAGGGGACGUGGCCUGCCAAGCCCUGGACAGUGAGCGGGCUGAGCGGCUUCAGGCCCUCCGUGAGGUCCAGGAAUUCAAGAGCAAGUAUGAGCAAGUACAGAAGGCACUGGGGGACGUGCAGAAGCAGCUGGAGGAGGCGCAGCAGAGGAACCAGCAGGCAGACUUGGAAAAGCAACAGGCAGGAGGUGCAGAUGAAUGGCAGAUGCACUUGGACUGCGCUCAGAUGGAGAAUGAGUUCCUGAGGAAACGUCUCCAGCAGUGUGAAGAGAGACUGGACUCAGAGCUGAAGGCCCGGGCAGAGCUGGAGCAGAUGUUCGGGGAGCUGCAGACCACUUAUGAGGAGGCCAAGAAGAUGGCCCACCAACUGAAGAGGAAGUGCCACCACCUCACCUGGGACCUGGAAGAUACCCGCAUCCUGCUGGAGAACCAGCAGAGCCGGAACCACGAGCUGGAGAAGAAGCAGAAGAAAUUUGACAUGCAGCUGGCCCAGGCGCUUGGACAGUCCGUGUUUGAGAAGAGCCUCCGGGAGAAAUUGAGCCAGGAGAACAGCAGCACAUGUAGUGAGCUGGGCCGGCUACAGCAGCAGCUGGAGCAAAAGGAUCAAGAAGCCUUGAGGCUGAAGCAGGAGGUAAAGCAGCUACAAGACCAGAAGCAGGAGCUGCUGAGCUCCUCCUUGGUGGGGGGGAAUGGAGUGGCCAGCUUGAAGGAGAGGCUGUGGAAGCUGGAGUCCAGUGCUCUGGAACGAGACAAGGUCCAUAGCCAGCAGGAAAACACCAUCAAGCAGCUGGAGCAGCUCCGCCAGCGGUUUGAGCUGGAGAUCGAGCGAAUGAAGCAGAUACAUCAGCAGGACCAUGAGGACCAGGAGGAGGAGCUGGAGGAUGUGCGCCAGACCUGUCAGAAACGGCUGCGCCAGCUGGAGAUGCAGUUGGAGCAGGAAUACGAGGAGAAGCAGAUGGUCCUUCAUGAGAAGCAGGAUUUGGAAGGCUUGAUUGGAACCCUGUGUGACCAGAUUGGCCACCGUGACUUUGAUGUGGAGAAGCGUCUCCGCAGGGACCUCCGGAGGACCCAUGCACUGUUGUCAGAUGCUCAACUUCUUCUGGCCACCAUGGAAGAUGCCAAGAUGUCAGUCAGCAAGGAGGAGCUGGAGAAGGUGCACAGCCAGCUGGAGCAGAGUGAGGCCAAGUGUGAAGACGCCCUGAAGACCCAGAAGGCACUGACUGCAGACCUGGAGAACAUGCACAGUGAGCUGGAGAAUAUGGCCCGGAGCAAGAACCUGGUGGAUGAGCAGCUGUACCGGCUGCAGUUUGAGAGGGCGGACCUCCUGAAGCGCAUCGACGAGGACCAGGAUGACUUGAACGACCUCAUGCAGAAGCACAAGGACCUCAUCGCACAGUCUGCUACUGACAUCGGGCAAAUUCAGGAGCUCCAGGUGCAGCUGGAAGAGGUCAAGAAGGAGAAGCAGCGGGUUCAAGAGCAGCUGCAAGUGGCCCAGCUGCGCAUUGAGCAUCUGGAACAGUCCACUGUGGACCGAGCUAUCGUCAGCAGGCAGGAGGCCAUCAUCUGUGACCUGGAGAACAAGACAGAGUUUCAGAAAGUGCAGUUGAAGAGAUUUGAGGUCCUGGUGAUCCGACUUCGAGACAGUCUGAUCAAGAUGGGUGAGGAACUGUCCCAAGCAGCCAAGUCGGAGGCCCAGCAGCGGGAAAACAGCCAGUAUUACCAGCGACGCUUGGAGGAGCUGAAGGCAGAGAUGGAGGAGCUGGUCCAGAGGGAGGUGGAGGCCAGCCGGCGCUGCAUGGAGCUGGAGAAGUGCGUGGAGGAGCUGGCAGCAAUGAGGCAGACACUGCAGACAGACCUGGAGACCUCUAUCCGGCGGAUUGCAGACCUGCAGGCAGCCUUGGAAGAGGUGGCAUCCAGCGACAGCGACACUGAGAGUGUCCAGACAGCAGUGGACUGUGGCAGCCGUAGCAGAAAAGAAACGGAUAACAUCUCUGUCAUCAGCUCCCAGCCAGAGGGCAGUCUGCAGUCCUGGCUGAGCUGUUCCCUGUCCCUGGCCACAGACACCGUGCGGACCCCCUCUCGACAGUCAGCCGUCAGCAGCUCCCUCCUCAGCCCCAGGGCAAGCAAAGAGGCUGGAGACACUGAAAGGCCAAAGCGGGCGUUAUCGGCACUGAGUGGAGCCUGGGAUGCUGGCAGCGAGACCUGGAGAGGCGACUCUGGGUCCCCCCACUCCAUCCGCCCACAAAAGUCCUACCAUUUAGGGGAUGGGGAAGGAUUUGGUAUCCAGGGAAAGCCCACUACAGAGAUAGCAGACACCCGGUCCUUGUCUCCCUCUUCUCAGAGCACAAACACGUCACCCCUGCCCAGAGACAAGCUACCCAGCCCAUCAGCUGCUCUGUCAGAGUUUGUGGAAGAACUUCGCAGGAAAAGAGCCCAGAGGGGCCAGGGUUCCACUCUGCACCUGGGGGAGGGGCCCACACUCCCUAUUUAUCAGACCAUAGGGGCAUCCUCACUUAGAAGGGGCAGAGCCAGCAGUGAUGAGGGAUACCUCUCACUGAGGACGAGGGCUACGUCUCCCCUGGGAGCAGAGGUGGUCCCUGGGGCUGCAGCUGGUCUCUCAAGGUCCACCAGCCUCAAGUGUAUCUCCUCAGAGGGCACCAAGAGUGCCACCCUGCUGCCUGACACGUUGAAGACGAGGUUCAGUUCCUGUGAGUCCCUCUUAGAAUCAGGACCCAGCACCAGGAGAAAACAGAGCUCCCCCACCACACCCAGGGACCCAUUCUUGUCACCCACGCUGCGUCCCAGGAGGCGGUGUCUGGAGUCCUCCUUAGAUGAUGCAGUCUGCCCAGACCUUGGGAAGGAAUCACUCGUUUUCCAGAACCGGCAGUUCACUCACUUGAUGGGAGAAACACUGGACAGUGACCCAUUCGGCUGGAAGCUUCCAAGCCUCAACUACAGACGCCAGGCCAAAGUGGACUUUGAUGACUUCCUCCCAGCGAUACGGAAGCCCGGCACACCUCCAUCCUUGUCUGGGUCUGCCAAAGAUGGCCAAGAGGCUUCAAAGCAUCCAAGUGUCCACUUUGAGAAGGAAGAGGCUGACUGCUCCUUUCUCUCAGGGAUCAAGACCAUUUUGAAAAAGAGUUCAGAGUCCAAGGAGGACCCUGCUCACCUCUCCGACUCAUCGUCAUCCUCCAGCUCCAUCAUGUCCUUCAAAAGCGCAGACAGCAUCAAGAGUGGCCCGAGAUUCCCAAGACUCCAAGGUGAUGGUGAUGAGCAAACAUCCCCUGAGCACAGACAGCCAGGCACAGGGACGAAGGGUGACGACGUAGAAAGCAUUAUGAAGAAAUACCUCCACAAGUAGGAGGAGCUACAGCCUCCCGAGAUACAGCUUCUGUCAAAGACUUCCUACUUCACAACCUGGAGGAGAGAGAGACAGAGAACCACCCAGGCUCCUGGGGCUUCAGGCCAGAGCCAGGCAGCCCAGCCACCCUCAGGAGGGGUGAUGGGCCCUGAGGGGCAUAGCCCAAGCAGGGCACUGGGCUCCACACAUGCUUGGUCUGUACAAAAUAAAGUCUUUCCUGGAA